AUGCUGAGAGGGAAGCCGCGGGCUGGCUGCAACGGGGCGGUGGGCAGCCCUGUGUGGGGGUGUGUCACCUUCCUCAGAGCAGGAGAGGGGGACAAGAGGCUGCCUGGCCUCUCCCGGGCGAGCAGGGACAUCCCCAGCGGGGCUGAGGCUGCAGGAGGGGAGCAGCUCAGCUCCCCGUCCUGCCGAGGGGCUGCCAGUACCACCACCUGCCUCAUCCACCCCUCUGAUGGGGUGGAAAUCUUCAGCUUGAUCGAGAGAAACCAAGUGACAUCCAUUAGACUUGGGGCACCGGAACGAGUGGAGCCUGAGCUUGGGCGAGGAGGAAGCAGAGCAGGACACGUGAGUGGUGUGGCGAGCAGGAGGCUGUUAUUUGGGUCUCUGGGAGGUCAGGUCUAUGCUGCUGUGUGGGAAGGUGGCAGGAUGGCUCGGAGGAUGAGUAUCAACGAGCUCGAGGACCAGCUUCUCUGUCCCAUCUGCUUGGAGGUCUUCAAGGAGCCCCUGAUGCUGCAGUGUGGGCAUUCAUACUGCAAGUCCUGCGUAGUGUCACUCUCUGGAGAGCUAGAUGGGCAGUUCCUGUGCCCUGUGUGCCGCCAAACCGUGGACUGCAGCGCCUUGCCACCCAAUGUCACGCUGGCCCGUGUCAUCGAGGCACUGCAGAGCUGGGGUGAGGCAGAGCCCAUCCCGGAGUCCUGCCCAACGCACCACAACCCCCUCAGCCUCUUCUGUGAGGCUGACCAAGAGGUGAUCUGCGGGCUGUGCGGCACCAUCGGCAACCACCGCCAGCACAAGAUCACCCCCAUCUCUACUGCCUACUGCCGGAUGAAGGAGGAGCUGUCUGUGCUGCUGACAGAUGUCCACCAGUACAAGAAGAACCUGGAUGAACACUUCAGCAAGCUCAUCAACAACAAAAGUCGCAUCGCAAACGAGGCGGAUGUCUUCAAGUGGGUGAUCCGGAAGGAGUUCCAGGAGCUGCACAGGUACAUUGACGAGGAGAAGGCCACCUUCUUGGAGAGCAUCGAGGGGAAGGCUGCCCAGCUCAUCACCUCCAUUGAGUCCCAGGUGAAGCAGACAUUGGAUGCCCUGCAGAGGCUUAAGGCGAUGCAGAGCUCUCUGGAGGCACUCAGCAAUAAAAGCCAGCUUGAUUUCAUCCGGAACUACAGCUCGUCCCAGUUCAGGUCAGAGUUCCCCAGCCUGCACCCAGGCGACGGCAUCUUCAGCCCAGUGUCCUUCAAGCCGUGUUUCCACCAAGACGACAUCAAGAUGACUGUGUGGAAGCGCCUGCACCGCCGUGUCCUGCCAGCUCCAGAGACACUGAAGCUGGACCCGGUGACAGCGCAUCCCCUCCUGGAGCUCUUCAAGGGUGACACGGUGGUGCAGUGUGGGCUCUACCAGCGCCGGGACAGCAACCCCAAGCGUUUCAACUCCAGCAACUGCAUCCUCACCUGCAAGGGCUUCUCCUGCGGCCAGCACUACUGGGAGGUGAUUGUGGGCACCAGGAACCACUGGCGCGUGGGCAUCAUCAAGGGCACAGUCAGCCGCAAAGGGAAGCUCAGCAAGUCUCCCGAGAAUGGUGUGUGGCUCAUCGGCCUGAAGGAAGGGAAGGUCUAUGAGGCCUUCAACACCCCACGGGCCACCCUACCGCUGACCGCCCGGCCCCAGCGCAUUGGCAUCUACCUGCACUAUGAGAAGGGUGAGCUGACCUUCUACAAUGCUGACAACCCUGAUGAGCUCAGCCCCAUAUACACCUUCCAGGCGGAGUUCCAGGGCCAGCUCUACCCCAUCGUGGACCUGUGCUGGCCGGAACGAGGGCCCUACUCCCCCCCCAUCACCCUGCCCGUGCCCACCACCAGCCGGCACCCCCAGACUUCGCCAGCAAAGCAGCGGGCUCUCUGCGGCCCUCUCCCCGCGGGCCUCCUGGGCCGCAUGUCGCCGCAGUCGGUCUGGCUGAAGUUCCUGAGGCCGGAGGGCGCCGGCAGAGUUCAGACCCCCGUCAGGGGCCGGGACGCCGGCCCCCUGACCUCCCCACAGCACGUCCGGCAGCUGUAUGCCCUGGUGUCUGAGACCCUUCGCUACUCCCCGGUGCUGGAGAAGCUGCAGCCCAGUGCUGCGCUGCUGCAGGCUGAGAAGAAGCUGCCCCCGCAUCUGGCGAAGGUGCUGGUGUACGACCUGCUCUUCGGCAAGGGCCUGAAGUGUGGGGGCCGCUGGAAGGCGCUGGCCCGGCGGCACCGGGCCCGGCUGGAGGCUGAGCUGGCCCGCCUGAAGGUGCAGCAGAAGGUGAGCCGCAACGAGGACCUCCUGCCCCUGGCGCAGGCAGCGAGCCCCGGAGCCUUCCAGGUACCACGCUAUGUCCGAGUCAACACCUUGAAGACUUGUGUGGACGAUGUGAUUGACUUCUUCAAGCGCCAGGGCUACUCCUAUCUGGGCAAGGCAGCCAGCGUGGAGGAACUGAGGGCACUCUCCGGGAAGAAAUUCUUUUUGGAUCUUCAUCUCCCGGAGCUGCUGGUUUUCCCUCCCCAAACGGACUUCCAUGACAACCUGCUGUAUACUUCAGGACACAUAAUUCUGCAGGACAAGGCCAGCUGCCUUCCUGCCUUCCUCCUCGGCCCUGCCGCCGGCUCCCACGUCAUUGAUGCCUGCGCUGCCCCGGGGAACAAGACCAGCCACCUGGCUGCGAUCCUGAAGAACAAGGGCCAGAUCUUUGCCUUUGAUGUGGACACCAAGCGCCUGGCCACCAUGAACACCAUGCUGAUGCGGGCUGGUGUCACCGGCUUCCAGCUGGCCCAGCAAGACUUCCUGACGGUAGAUCCCGCAGACCCCCAAAGCGCCGAGCGGCUGCAGGCACUGGCCGGCUUCCAGCGCAAGGUCUUGAGCCAUGCCCUGAGCUUCCCAGGUCUCCGGCGCCUGGUCUACUCCACCUGCUCGCUGCACCGGGAGGAGAACGAGGAUGUGGUGCACGCUGUGCUGCAGGAGCAGGGCUCAGCCUUCAGGCUGGUGAAUGCCUUCCCUUCCUGGCCCUGCCGAGGACUCGCUGCCUUCCCCGAGGCCGAGUGCUGCCUCCGUGCCUCUCCUGCAGACACGCUCACCCACGGCUUCUUUGUGGCUGUCCUGGAGCGGUGUGGGAAAGGGGCUGCUGCCCCCAGCUCCCUGCCUGCGGCAGCUGAGAAGAACCCACAGCAGGGCGAGGGGACGGAGCCAGGAGCAGCUCCCAAGAAGAGGAAGAGGAAAAAGCAGCGAGUGACGGAGUGA